GCCAGCGGGUAUGGACGGUCACGGGCGUUUGCGGCGUGAGCGCGAGGGGGCGGAGCGGGGGCGGGCGGAGCGUCUGCCGACCCUGACCGAUCGACUGAGGGAGUGGUCGCCCGCUAUCGCUGCCGUCCUCGCUGUGCUGCUGGCUCUGUCCAUCUUCAGCCGCCCGAGCCAGGUGGCCUCCCUGACUGUGGGGCAGCGCCCCGUGCCUGUCCUGUUCGCCUCGUGGCUGGACCAGACGUGCCCCGCCCGGCCGCCGGCGGGGAGGAUCCAGACCGCUCCGCCGGCGCACUAUGGAGACGACUGCGAAGCCUCCGGCAUCGACAGUCACCAGCAAACCGAGUGCCGGAAAAACCUCAUAGAGUUGUGCCGUAGCCACAUCCAGGCUGUGACUGAGAAAAUGUACACUCUGGAUAAGAAGCUGACUGCGAGGUACCCGCCCGUCAAGUUCCGCAGCUACAAGGACAGAAAGCGGAUCCUGGUGACCGGCGGCGCCGGCUUCGUCGGCUCGCACCUGGUGGACCGUCUGAUGCUGGACGGCCACGAGGUCACCGUGGUCGACAACUUCUUCACGGGUCGCAAGCGCAACAUCGAGACCUGGCUGGGCCACCACAACUUCGAGAUGGUCACCCACGACAUCGUCAACCAGUACUACGCCGAGGUGGACGAGAUCUACCACCUGGCCAGCCCCGCCAGCCCGCCUCACUACAUGGCCAACCCGGUCAAGACCAUCAAGACGAACGCCAUCGGCACCAUCAACAUGCUCGGCCUGGCGAAGCGCGUGGGUGCGCGGAUCUUGAUUGCCAGCACCUCCGAGAUCUACGGAGACCCCGAGGUGCACCCGCAGCCAGAGACCUACUGGGGCAACGUAAACCCCAUCGGCCCACGUGCCUGUUACGACGAAGGCAAGCGGGUGGCAGAGACGCUGGGAUUCGCCUACAUGCACCGCAACAACGUCAGCGUCAGGAUCGCCCGCAUCUUCAACACGUACGGGCCCCGCAUGCACAACAACGACGGCAGGGUGGUCAGCAACUUCAUCCUGCAGGCUCUGGAAAACAAGAAGUUGACGAUCUACGGGUCGGGCAAGCAGACGCGCUCGUUCCAGUACGUCUCUGACCUGGUGGAGGGUCUGGUGGCGCUGAUGGAGUCCGAGCACGCUGUCCCCGUCAACAUCGGCAACCCAGACGAGCACACAAUCGAGGAGUUUGCGAGCAUUAUCCAGAAGACUGUUGGCCGCACGAGCGGCGUGGAGUACCAAGAGGCCAAGGAAGACGACCCGCAGCGGCGCCGGCCCGACAUCAGCCGAGCUAAGAAACUGCUCAACUGGGAGCCCAAGGUGCCCCUCGCUGAGGGAAUCAAGAAGACUGUCGAGUUCUUCAGACAAGAGCUGCAGCGGACUCAUCACGAUCACAGGAACACAUACGACCCUCUGAUCGACUGGGCCCACAUCAUCGCCUGAGGGCGGGGCAGCGACCGCCGUGCGGUCAUGCAUGGAGCCGUUCCUGCAGCCGCGGCGGCGCCUGGCGCGUCCGGGCGGGACGUACCGCGCGUUCAAAAACCGGACGUUAAUUAAAAAAUGACUUCUCCUGGACAGCCCAGACCCAAACGCAAUUUGAUGCAGUCUUUGCUGUGCUGCUGUGCCUUGGUUUUUAGUCGUGUGUAUGGAUCUGGCUGGCUGAUUGGCUCAAUCUUUUACUCACCGGUUAAAGACAUUAAUUGACCUUUGCUUGCUCAAACUGCUCCAGGAGAUGCGGCUUUAUGGCGAAUGGAAUGCACUUUGUCUGACGUCUGUGCGCCAACACAACGUACAAAUAAUUGCCGCACAACUUUUCUGGCGCUCCUCCUUGUAGUGCACGUGACCUGCUCUGGUCCUAUGACCGGUUGGUGGCUGUGAAGCGGCCUUUUGACCCAUUUUGACAUGUUUGUAUUUGGUUGUUGUGAGUGGUAAGCGGUGAAUACGCGGCUAUUCCGUGUUGAUUUCGGAACUCGUUGCGGUAGUAUGUUCAUCAGUGCAAUUUGAGUGAGUGCGUUUUAGAACACUACCUGUGCUGUAGGAUCUGUGCGUCAAAGGUGACGCCGUGUCUCUGAAUGCUAUUCGAUCGAUUCGCCUUUGCAAUGGUCUCUCUUUACGGUACGAUGGUCACGUGUUUUACGCAUCUAUGUCUACUUUCAGUGUUUGACAUGUGGGGAGUAAUUUGCGGUGUGCUCUUUGCGUUUCCGUAGCUUUCGUAACCUUUUUUCUUCGAACAAUGUUCUAUGCGCACGGAUGCAUCACUGGGCGGCUGGCUUUACGUUUUUUAUUACAACUGCACAUUUGUUAAGUGUUCAUAUUUUCAUCACGAUGGACUCGUUUUGUACAAACUCUAUACAAAUCGCCACAGCGGGAAAGGGUACCUCUUCACACGCCUGCCCCGUCAUCGCCGUCCGUUUCUACUGUACACGUAUUAACCAAGCGCAAAAUAAAAGCGGGACCAUUUCAACAAGUGUGCUGUAGUCUCCGCUGCUGCGAAGGUUUCCGUUUCUGCCGCAAGAUGUCCUCGCGAGCCUGCUGAGCCUGCGAUGGGAGGCCGCUGCGGACCGGCGAGCCAGACGAAGC